CAAUCUCUCGCAGCUUAGGGCAAGUACCACCGACUCGACCCCGCCCAUACGCCCACGGCCUUAGACUUCAGUGGCCAGCGUGCACCAGAGACAGGCCGAGAUGGAGGCAAAAUUUGAGGAGGAGAGGAGGUGCCGAAUGGAGAUCGAGGCCAAGCUGGAGCAGGAGCGGAAGCUGAGGGAGGAGCAGUCGGUUAUGUUGCACAGCAUGGUCACCUGGAUGCAAGGACUUGGCGCGUCGAUGAACUAUGCGACGCCGCCUCCUCCCUUCGCCUUACCAGCUCAGCCUUACUUUCCUGCAGGACCUUCUGACACUCCCAAUCAGUCGUGGAACGCAUCGAACGACCCUCCUCCGGACCAGGACUCGCCGGCGGCCCCGUGGCAAUCUUGGCCACCCCCCCUCCACCUAACCGUGAGUGAUUUGUAGUACCCUACUGGACUUGUGAUGUAAUGGACUUGUAGU